GAACAGGUGAUGAAAAUGAAGCUCAGCAAACUUUUCAGCUGCUGUUUACCGAUCCAAAAGCAGAAGCACAGGAAUGAGAGGGUAGACACCAACAAAAAGAAGAAAAGAAAAGAGGCUAAGCGCCUCAAGAAGGAGAUGGCAGAUAAGAGGAGAAAGGAGGACCUUGAGAUGGACAUCUCUAUGGUGCAGAGUGUGGAGACUGUGGUAAUGAGUGCAGAGUUCAGCAAAGAGGACUGCAAUCUGGAGGAGUCAUCUGUUGACCACGGGAGACCUCAGUUGGAUGAGGAGGAAGGUAGGAGCCCUUCCCCAUUGCAUAUUGAUGGAGAUGGUGAUCAAGAGUUCAACAAAGAGGACUGCAUCCCGAACAAGUCGUCUGUUGACCACGGGAGACCUCAGUUGGAUGAGGAGGAAGGUAGGAGCCCAUCUCCACUGAAUGUGGAUGGAGAUAGUGACCAAGAGUUCAGCAAGAAGGACUGCAACCCAAAAGAGUCACCUGUUGACUAUGGGAGACCUCAGCUGGACAAGGGGAGGGGCCAUCUCCAUUGCAUGUUGAUAGAGAUGGUGACUAGGAGUUUAGCAAAGAGGAUAGUAACCCGAACGAGUCAUUUAUUGACCGUAGGGGUCAGUUUGACAGGGGGGACGGUAGAAGCCCAUCUCCACUGAAGGUUGAUGGAGAUGGUGAUGGAGAGUUCGGCAAAGAGGACUGCACCCUGAAUGAGUCAUCUAUUGACCACGGGACACCUCAGCUGGACGAGGAGGCCAGUAAGAGCUCAUUCCUGCUGCAUGGUGGUGGAGACAGAGCGAGACCUCUGUCUCAGUUGAAACUGGACUGGCACAGACACCAGCCUGGAGUCGGGAAGCCCACAGCACACGCCGGUGAGUGGCGCACGCCUGAUCCUCCUGAGAAGAGAGACGUGAUGGAAGAAGAGAGGAGGAAAAUCCUGCGUGGAUUUUUUGAGAGGAGGGGCAAUACUACCCAGAAUGCAACCACACAGGCCACACUGACCACUGAGGAAGAGAAGCUCACACCACAGCCUGCUGUGUGGCACACGGCUGUCCCUGGAGAGAGAGACGAAGAGAGGAGGAAAAUUCUACACGGAUUUGUCAAGAGAAGGGGCCUUACUACAUGUAGGCCAAAGAAGGAAUUCAAUAAAUAAUUAAAUGGAU